AUGGAGGAGCCAUUGCAGCCACAGACUUCUCUAUCCAAUGAAUCCACCCCAAAUCUAGUACCUCAUCCUGUAUCGCCUCCUCGGGUUACUGGAAUGGGAAACGGCAAACAAAUGUAUCCCAACGACGACGACCAAACUAAACAUCAUCGUGCCGUCUCCCCGAUACCCGAUCCUUACUCUGCUGCUGUAUAUAAAUCGAAUCAGCAAUCGGAAUUGGCCAGCGAAUCAUAUCAACAUAAUCCACCACUGUCAGUCGCUGAAAAUCAUGACAUUGCUUCGCAUCAUACUCCAGCUGUACAGAAACGACCUCCUGUUGUAGAGUAUGAAGUGCCGAUUCAUGGAAGUAGUCCCGAAGUAUGGAAAUCAAAGCAAAAGUUGCGUCGAAAUCUAGUGAACGGCAAUGAUAUUCCUGACGCACCUCACUCACCGCCAUAUCAUGAUCGUGAUCACGACGAUCAGGAAGAGAGAGAAACCAUGCGGUAUCUAAUACAGUCUAAAAUCAAGGUUGAUGAUCCAAACGAUGAAGAUUAUUUAGAAGGUUCCUCACGACGUAAAAGUAAAUCACGAUCAAGGUCACGAUCACAAUCCAGAUCUCAUAGAGGAUCUCCUGCACCAUCUAUAGCCUCUUCAACGAAAUCAUCAAAUCGAAUGUCUGAGGUAUCCAACGGUGAAAACAAGUCAUCUCGAAAACGUAAAAGGCCUAGUAAUACUGGAGCUGUCGUAGAUACCGAAAUGAUAGAUGCCACUCAGAACGACAUUGACGAAUCUGGCCAGACAGUGUCUAGAGAUUCACCACCACUACCCACAGAUGAUGCUGAUGUUUCUGCACAUCAGGAAUCUCGGGGUAGACCCUCGAGUCGCAAGUCAAAAGGUCAUGAAUCAUCAAACCGAACAGAAUCACCAGCUGAUGAUCAGUAUAGUAACAAUGAAGACGACAACAAUAAUGAUAAUCCCAGUAAUGAUAGUCAAGAAGAAGAGGGUGGAACCUCGUCUGCCAGACGAAAAUCUGCUAGUGGUAUAAGCAAGAGGAAAGCAAAGGACGAUUAUGUACGAGCCCAGAUUGAAAUGCUUCAGAAAUUUGAAGCUCAAAAGCAAGCAGGAACAUCAUCAUCACCGCCGAGAUCAACAUCUUCCGACAAGGCUAAAAAUACACCACCAAGUAUAAUUACUUCAGAUAUUGCAGAGAAAAGGCCACGUGGACGUCCUCCUGGUGGAGGCAAUAGUCGUAAAAACAGUCGCCAAACAAGUCCCAAACCAUCUACAGCACCGACAUCGCCCAUCCGUGGUGAAUCAAUUAAACGUAGCGUACCCACAACACCAUCUGGGCCUGUAGCUUCUCCUCCCUCAGUGCCAGCACCCAAAAGUGAGCCCAUACCGCCACCUCCAUCGUCAUCAUCAGCAAAAGGUCCAGGGUCAUCACCGCCUCGUUAUCCACCGGUCCAGAGCCGGGAUCCCAAGGCUGGCAUCCGUCUAGGUAAUAAAAUAGUCCCGUAUUCUGCCAUCAACACUAUAGAUAGGGCCGGCCGAACCCAUAUACAUAAAUAUGCAGAACUUGGAGACGCAGACACUUGUCUGAUUCUGAUAAAUGCUGGCGCUGAUAUAAAUAUAAGAGAUCACGCUGGAUGGUCACCAUUACACGAAGCAUGUUUAAAUGGCCAUGACAAGGUCGUCUCACUCCUGAUUCGAUAUGGUGCUGAUCCAAACUCUUUGGGAUCUGGUGGUGAUACUCCUCUACACGAUGCUGUAGAAAAUCGACAUUCCAAAGUUGUCGACAUUCUUCUAGCUCAUGGUGCUUCUAUGACUACAGCCAAUAAUGCUGGAAAAUUGCCUCGUGACUUAGUAGAAGCGUCGGAUGCUCUACGUAGUGUUUUGGACGCCUGGGAGGAAUGGCUUCCCAAAGUAUCAGAAAAGGAUGACACUGGAAGAACAUUAUUACAUAAAGCAGCUGCUUCUGGUGAUAUGGUACUGUUCAAGAAUUGCAUAAAAUAUGGAUCGGAUGUAGCUUCAGUGGACUAUGCCGGCAACACUCCUCUGCAUGAAGCUGCCAAUGACGGUGAAAAGGAAGUUGUCACUGAAUUGCUCAAGUAUGGAGCCAACCCGAAUGCUGCGAGUAAUACUGGAGAUACUCCUCUGCAUGUUGCGGUAGUCAAUGGCUAUACCGAAGUAGUUGAAUCAAUCCUCAAACACGGAGGUAAUGCUGUCCUGACAAAUCACGAUGGCAAGACGCCUCGAGAUUUGAUUGAUGGUCAGAUAACAAGUGAUGCAGAAUGGACCGCAAUGCAUACCAUCAAGGAAAUGCUGGAUCGUGAUCCAGAAUCAUGGAAGCCAUAUAUAAAGCCUUUAUUCCGAGCUCAAAUAGUAGUAGAACAUCAAUCUGGAGAUUCCAUACGUCGCAGUGCUAGUCUACAGCCAAAACAGGAAGCAUCAGAUUCAGGUACGGCUCAAUCCAAGCCUCGGCCUUUGAAGAAGAAUACACAUCAUCGUCACUCUCGUCGCUCCUCUAUUGCAUCUGAUUCUUCUACAAGUAUUGCUCCUUCAAAUGGUAAUGGGUCAUCAGUAUCAGCUAAUCAGAAUAAUUAUUUUGCUUGGGGUGGUUUAGACCCACCUCGUGGUGGGUUCGAGUCAAAGCGAGAGGAACGUAAAUUCCAGAUGCUUCUCCAGCAGUUGGGAGAGACUGCAAAGCCAGCACCAUCACCGCAACAGCAAUUGCAAAGUCGUGGUCGUAAAGAUGAAGAUGACGCCGAGUCUAGUCAAGAUGAACGCAGACGAGUCAAGAUUAGUGAAGAACGAGGUCGCUCAAAGGCUUCCAGAACUCGAGAGUCCUCUUCGUCUUCGACACGAUAUUCUAGUAGCUCUAGUAGCGAUAUUGAUAGUGAUGAUGAAGGUGAUGAUGAAGAUGCUACAAUGUCAACCUCAUCUAAAGGUCAUAAAGAAAGCAAGAGUAGUAACUCGGCAAAGAGACCUGUAGGUAGACCGCCCAAGAAGCCUUCCAAACCAUCGAAACCUGAAGCAUCCAAAUCUAUAUCAAAGUCUAAGGAUGAUACUCUGGGCAAACGUCGUGAGAGAUCAAGGUCUCCAGACUUAAAGGGAAAGAAACCGAAAGUUGCUGAUGAUCGUAAAGUUAAAAAAGAGAAACGAGAACGGUCUUCAUCUCCACCUCGCCAAAAGCCGGCAGCCGAUGGAACGGAUCGUAAGAAGAAGAGAGACCCAAGUCCUAAAAGAAGGCGUGUUGAAGAUGAGAAAAAGCCAAAGAAAGUAGCUCCCAAAGACUCAAAUAAAAUGGAUGUGGAUAUGAAGGAAUUGUUUGGUGAAGAUGAUGACGAAUCCCAAAUUAAGAAAGUAAAGAAGCCAAUUGCUAGUGAAAGGAAGCCAUCUGUAGUCGCAGCACUAAAACCAGCAGCAGCACCACCACCUCCCCCAGAACCUGUUAUAGAAGACCUCCCUGUUAUAAAGAAGAAGCCCAAAAAGAGUUGGCUGACUGUAUCAGGGUAUCAGCGUGCUGGUGGUGAAUCCACGCUUCCUCCAGUCGCUCCAGGCCGAUCCAAACCUGCAGCCAGUGGACCGACUCCCAAUGGAGUUCAUCUAGCCAAGGAUGACUCCCAGAGUAGUCUGUCUUCAUCAACGAUAUGCCCAGACGCCUACUUCUCGCGGCCCUCAGAGCUAAUAGAUGCAGCAGCUCUCGAAGAAUAUGAACAUAAACACUGUCUUCCCUUAUACUCUGUAAUUCUCCCAGAUGAACCCAACACCCGAUAUAUGGUUGACUUGCAAGUAGGGUUGUUUCUAGGUCUCCCGUCUGGCAGGCAAUUUCUAGACAAGUACCCAUCUCUGAGCCGACGAGUAGCUACCUCUGCUGAAAAGUCUGAUUUAGCAGUUACACCAAUUGCAGAAGCUACAUGGUCGUGCAUGAAGUUGAGAGGAAAAACCAAGUGGUUGAAACCGUUGUCAACUCGGUCUGGAAAAGAGGGCCUGAAGUUAGGUGAUGUAGAUGUACAGCUAGUGAAAGAAGAUGAAAUAGCUGCUGUUUUGCUUGAAGCUGGAGCUCUUCCUGGAAGUCAGAGUCAUCCGUGGGGUGCUUGGGUAUCUUCUGUAGACCUUAAAACGUUUAAUGAAGGCCUUCCAAACGCUGUCACGCCACGUACAGAUCAUCCAACUCCCAAAAUAACAGUAGCAGCACAAGCCGCAGCACCAGCAGUAGAUAGUAGUAACGGCUCUGCAGAAGCAUCAUCAUCAACAGCAGCACCAACGAAUGAAACUGUUGCUUCGACACCUGCAAUAAACGAUGUAGCUAAUGCAGGCAAUAAUGGUAAUAGUGGUGGAGGCAAUAGUGGGGGUGGAGCAACAACUACGUUUGCAACGUUUGAUUUGCAUAAGCUCAAGAAACGGGGUGGUAACCCGACUGCAUAA